CCUUAUAUAUAAUAGAAAUAGUACGUAUUUUAUCUUUCUCUUUAAAUUUGCUUAUAACAUUUACUCUCAUGAUACAUUUUUCCAACUCAAAAAAUAUAGGUAUAUGAUGUUAUCCACGCUUUUAGGGUGGUGAAAACACGGCGGGGUCCCACACUUUUUUAUUUUAUUGUAGGCGUCAUCAAUCAUCAUUCAACACUCAGCAAAAAGAGACAAACAAUUGUGAAUGAAUUCAUAAUAAUAAUAUAACCUAAACGGCAACCGGAAGCCGGCAGCCGACAGCCGGACUCAGAGCAAUUGUAUCUUUCGGCACGGCAGUUCCGCAGUCGCAGACGGUAGGCGGCAGUGGCGGAUCUACGUACGGGCCCCUCGGUAACGUGCCCCACGUGAAUAUUUUUUUAAAAAAAAAAAAAAUUCGAAAACAGGGGUGCGCCUUGUAUUACUCAUUAACUCCCUCUCUGGCUCUCAGCUCUCUCUCACUCUAAGACUAAAAACUCUACACACACUCUUCCUCCACUGCCGCUGCCGCACUCCCGCACCACGCGACCGCCGGCUGCUGCUCCAUCACAGACGCCUUCCGCCGCUGCUGCCUGGUGCUUUGACGUUGUCGGUGCUGCUGUGGGUUGCUCGAAGCCUCGAUUCGAACACAGUCGAACUCGAAGAGUCGAAGGUUUUCAAACCCUAAUCCCUAAAAAUCGAAAAUUUUGAUUUUGUUUAAGAGCAAAACUUCAUCUUCUUCCUGAUGAAAAUUCGACCAACACUCAGCUAUACCACCCUUAUCUGAACCGCCAAAUUUGACCCGCUGCUGCUAACGUGAGUCAUCCCUAGCCAUGGCCGGCCUUACUCACCUUCACGCAAUUGUUAAUCCUGUUCUCCAUUAAUAAAAAUGAAGGAAAGAAGAGGAUGUGAAGAAAUUUGCCAUAAAAAUUGAAGGAUUGUAUUCUUAAGAUUUUGAAAAGAUUGAGAUUGAUGAAGUCAACGGUAGUUGAAGCAUAAAGAUUAGUAAUCAACAAAGUAAUCUCAACCAGUCAUAUAAAAGAAUAACUUUGCUGUAAUUUCUGCGUAAAUUAUGAACUUUGCUGCAAUUAUGGAUACUAAUAGGGCAAGGAAGGGAAAUGGAGAGAAUGGAAUUGAAAGGAGGAACUUCUUAACAUUUUAAAUAAAACAAAUCUUUUCAACAUUAGAAAGAUUUGGAAGAAAAACAUAGUUUCUGUGAAUCGGGUGUCUGUUCACAAUUACAAUCUAUGAAUCGUAUCUUGGUAAAAAAUAAAAUUGUUGAUUCACUUGAGUAAAUCCUUCAUUGUGAAGAGAGGCCUCAUGGGUGCAAGAUGGAAAGGCAAAGAUGCAAAAGCCAAAGCCCUUGCAGAACCCAUGUCAGAAAUUGUUUCAGCACUUCAAUCUUCUCUAAAAACAUCAGAGGCCAAGGGAGUGAUAUCUGGAUCUCGGGUUCUAUUUGAAGCCAAUACUGAUCAAUCUGAGCUUUUGAACCGUGCAUGCUUUGGUCGGGUCAUUAUAACCAGCCAAAAGGAUAAAGAAUGGUAUGAACUUAAUUUGCAAGAAGCUUUUUACUUGGCGUAUACACUAAAAUGUCUAAAAAUCGCGGGAGAUGAUGAUAUUGUGAAGAGUCAUGAAGAGUUGUGGCAGUUCAUGAUUUCAAAAGUUGAAAUGUUUCCCGAGUUUUUCAAGGCGUAUUCUCAUCUAAGAAUGAAUAAUUGGGUAGUCAAAUCGGGGUCACAAUACGGUGUUGAUUAUGUUGCUUAUCGCCAGCAUCCCGCCUUAGUCCAUUCAGAAUAUGCUGUUCUUGUCCUCUCAGAAAGAAAUGGUAAUUCCUGUAAACGAUUGAAGUUGUGGUCUGAUAUCUACGGCACAGUUCGACUCUGUGGUGGUGUCGCGAAAACAUUGUUGGCUCUACAUGUGCGUAGAGUAUACGAGACCGACUCUCUACUACGUUUGAACGAUUAUGAUAUAGAAGCUCGUACGAUCUCUAGGUGGAUACCGGAGCAAGCUCGUGAAAAGAAGAGAGAUGCUAAAUCUUGUAGUGAAACUAAGGUUGAAUAAUGAGUUUUUAUCAUUUGUAUACUUCACACCUUUUGGUAACAUUUAGAUUUUACGGCCAACAAUCUCUAAUUGGCAUUACAAGACAUUUUGUUUCAUUCACAUUCUCCCUUGCCUGUUGUAUUGGAUAUAAAACCCUGUGAUCUGUUACAUA